GGAUGCCCUGCUGAUUGAAACUAGGAGAUCAGAGCUGCGAAUCCGUGUUCGAGACAAGCCGGCGCGAUGCUUCGUUGGCCUGCUGCGGCGCCCAGAAUGUUGCCGCGCAGGCUUUUUCGGGCCGCAAGCAGCGCUUUCAGAUCGCCUGGGACUUUCCCGCACUUUCGUGCCGAGCCGAGAAAGUGCCUGAACGCGGCCCUAUACGCUGGGCCGCCGUUGCGGCCGGUCGAAGCGGCACAAGGCGUGAAACUAGGGCCCGAAAUGGUCCCGAACUGCGACCCGAGAAACACAAAAACUGAUGUCGGAGUACGGCGCAGUUUGCGCUUUCACUCGGGCAACCUGAGCUCCAACGGGUUGUAUUUGAGCCAGAAUUUGCGAGUCGCCUGUUCAGCAUCGACCAAUGAUGUCAUCGUGACACGAUAGGUGGAUUAGACACCGAAACUAGUGUAUCGAUGAGCAAACGUGAACACCGUAGCGAUGGCGUCUUCUAUGCUAUGGUUGUAGUUUGGUGCGCACAAAAUUGUAACGCGCUGCGUCACAGCGUUCAAUUUUGGUUCUACAGGUAGCCAGGAGUUCGAUACAUCCGGCUGUGCUAAGUAGUUGGCAUUGUAAAGCUAUCUUUUGCGACAUUUCUGGUCUCGAAAAGUGAACGGAUACGAAAUUUCGACAUUUCCAGCAUCGUAGAGACCCGCGGGCUCGCGGCCUCGCGCGAUUGGCCGGUCGGCAGCACGAUUUGUGCCAAUGAGCGGCGAGCGCGCUUUUUUCGCCGCCGCCGCCGGGAAGCCGCGCACCCGGUCGACCGUCACACGCCACUUCGUCGGUUGCUCUCGUAGCGUUCGCACAGGUUUUUUGUCCGUAGCAUUUUCUUUCUCGCAGCAGUCAUGGCCGAGGAGACGAGCACAGCCGCAGCCGCGCCGGCCGCGUCGUUGGCACCCCAGAGCCCCAAGAAGAAGGCGGCGCGCGGAGCCGGCAAACCCCGCACCACGGCCAGCCACCCCAAGGUGUCGGCCAUGGUGAACGCGUCCAUCGGCGAGCUGAAGGAGCGCGGAGGGUCGUCGCUGCAGGCCAUCAAGAAGCACAUGGCGGCCACCUACAAGGUGGACGUGGAGAAGCUGUCGCCGUUUAUCCGCAAGUACCUCAAGUCGGCCGUCACCUCGGGCGCGCUGGUCCAGACCAAGGGCAAGGGCGCCAGCGGUUCGUUCAAGCUGGCUGCGGGCGCCGCUGCGGGCGAGAAGAAAAAGGCCAAGGCUGCAGGAGUCGUCAAGAAAGCCGCCAAGAAGCCCGCCAAGAAGACUCCCAAGAAGUCUCCCAAAAAGGCUCCCAAGAAGGUGGCGGUCAAGAAGGCCAAGCCAGCAAAGAAGCCCAAGGCCGAGAAGAAGGCGUCGCUGCCCAAGAAACCCAAGAAGCCGGCGGCCAAGAAGGCGGCCACCCCAAAGAAGGCAGCCAAGAAGUAAAGCUCGUCCUCCACGAGUCGGCCCCACGGGCACACACAAACGGCCCUCGUCAGGGCCACCCUAAACGUCUGUUUCGGCGGAACCGUUUACCGCGGUGCUCCGACCCCCGUGACCUCUCACAACUCGUUUUCGCCCAGUUAUUAGGUGCAGCGGUGGCGUAGAGGUAGAACACCCGCCUCGCGUGCAAGAGGUCCGUGGUUCGAAUCCCGGUGCCGCGCAAUUUUCCACCGGACUAAAAAAAAAAAAAAAACCGUGUGUUGAGAAAAUUGCACAAACAGGCCUGGAGUGCUGCCUGAUCCCGGUGACCAGAACCGGUAACGCACUCCCUCACCAGAGCAGGAUUGGACACCCUGGUGCAGUACUUGGCCACAACCUCCUAUAUGAACACAACAAUCAAACCCCGGCCCUCAGUCCCCAGCAGCUGCGAAGCAACUGACCACGGCGGCGGUCAGACCUGCGACGCUGCAGAGGGUGCUAGGAAUCCCUCGCUACGGACAGGCCGCCAUUGGAAUAUGAACCUGGCAACGCUUAACGCUAGAAUGUUAUCUAGUGAGGUGAGUCUAGCAGUGCUAUUGGAUGAAUUAGAGGGCUGUAAAUGGGAUAUAAUAGGGCUCAGUGAAGCUAGGAGGCCAAAAGAAGCAUACACAGUGCUAAAAAGCGGGCACGUCCUGUGCUACCGGGGCUUAGCGGAGAGACGAGAACUAGGAGUCGGAUUCCUGAUUAAUAAGAACAUACCUGGUAACAUACAGGAACUUUAUAGCAUUAACGAGAGAGUGGCAGGUCUUGUUGUGAAAUUAAUAAGAGAUACAAAAUGAAGGUUGUACAGGUCUACGCCCCUACAUCCAGUCAUGAUGAACGGGAAGUCGAAAGCUUCUAUGAAGACAUGGAAUCGGCGAUGGGUAGAGUGAAAACAAAAUACACUAUACUAAUGGGCGACUUCAAUGCCAAGGUAGGCAAGAAGCAGGCUGGAGACAAGGCAGUGGGGGAAUAUGGCAUAGGCAC